AUGACCGACACCGACAUGCCGCCGGUCGUGGAGACAGCAGAUGUGCCGCCUAAUCACACACUUUAUCUAAACAACCUGAAUGACAAAAUCAAAGCAGACCGCAUGAAAGCAACGCUUUACGCUACACUGUCACAGCACGGGAAGAUUCUUGAGAUUGUCAUGGGCCACGCACGGCGACUUCGUGGCCAAGCUUGGGUCACAUUUGAUGACAUACCAAGCGCUUCAAAUGCUGUGCGGGCAGUAAAUGGUACAAUCCUAUUUGAAAAGCCCGUUGUGAUUCAUUUUGCGAAGGAGAAGGCCGACGUCAUUGCUCGCCGCGAAGGUACGUUCGUCCCGCGCGAGAAGAGAAAGCGGGAGCCUAAGGCUGCUCCACAACAGCAAGCAACAAAGAAAAAGACAAACGAGGGUGGCAAUGCAGGUACAAAAGGAUUGACUCAGCCACGUAUGACUCAGAAUGUACCAAACAAGAUCUUGUUUCUGGAAGAGCUCCCCGAGUCGUGUAACCGUGACAUGCUCGGAGUACUAUUUAAACAGUAUCAAGGUUUUAAGGAAGUACGCAUGGUACCAGGCAAGAAAGGUCUAGCAUUUGUAGAGUUUGGUGACGAAGCGCAAGCAGCCAUUGCGUUGCAAGGACUCUUUGGAUUCAAACUCACGCCUACAGACGCUCUGAGAGUCUCAUUUGCUAAGAAGUAG